ACCAACAUUUUUUUUACUUUUAUUUAUUUUCAUACAAUACUCCUUUGUCAAUAUCGCUUCCAUUUUAUUAAAAGCUAUCUCAAACUCAUCCUUGCUCGAUGCUAAUACUACUAUAGUCAACAGUAAUACGUAAAUUAAGAUCCUCUAGAUAGGUAACAGUAAUUUUAUUAAAUUUCCAAACCACCAUUGAUGUAUUGCCAAAGUGUGUUACGUCCGAUAUUUGGCGUACUUCAUUUGCAGCCAUAAUACACGGUUGCCCAAAUCAUGACCAUUCUGCACUGAUUUUUGAUGCACGCGCUGUUUCAUACAACCCCAAACAAAAAACUCAAAUGGAUUUAGACUACGCGCCAGCCAAAUCACAGGACCCGUACCUCCAAUCCAGCGUCUAGGAAAAUGUAUUCAUCUCGAAACUCAACACAAUAAUACUAUGCUGCACUAACCUAUGAUCCUUGCUUUAUUAUGCGAUAUCACCUCAUGCAAGCUUGCUACUUUCAGAAACACCAUUAUUAGCUUGCCUGUAAUUGAAGAUAUUCCUAUGGAUUGUCAUAUACAACAAAGACAAAACAUUACUAUAGAUUACCACAGUCUCAUUUCAGAAGACAAAGUACCAAAAAAUGAAAAAAUAUUGAUUCAUUUGUUGAAAUGGUCCGCCAAAUAUGAGUUUGUUGUACCUUUUGGAUUUGAAAACAUCAAAAAAGAACUAAGGUUCAAAAAAAAAUUAGUAGAAAAAGCUCAACAAAAAUUGCACGAGAUUAAGAAAAAGUUCUACAAUGCCGACGAGAGCGACGUUGUGUUUGUUGGAAUGCACUACAGAGGAACAGAUAUGAUUAAAAUGAUGAGACGAGAACUAAAAGAUAAGUUUUUUGAACCACCAUCAUGUGAAUAUUAUAAUGCUGCAAUAACUUACUUUCAACAAAAAUAUAAAAAGGCGAUAUUUAUACUCAUUACUAUAGAUUUUGCAUGGUUAGACAAAAACAAAAAAUGCUUGAAACAUGACAUUAAUUUGGUUACAAAUCCGGUUCAUCCGCAAUCCGCAAUUAACGACUUAAUAUUAUUGUCACAUUGUAACCACUCCAUAACAGCAUAUGGUACAUAUUCUACGACAGCUGCUCUAUUUGCUGGAGGUACAACGUUCGUGUAUGAUCUGGGUAUACCACUGGACUUUGAUGGGCCAACGUUGACAAUGGGUUUAGCCGAAAUGCUUUCCAAUUGGUACAAAAUUGGGAACAAUGGUAGGUUGGUAAGUUCUUUACAUAUAGGCAAAUGAAUUGUUGCUGGAUUUUGUGUUAUAAUUUUCUCUUGUUGCGGACAACUUCAAAGAGUGGUCGAUGGAUCAAAUCAAAGAUCUCGUUAUUUUCUAGGAACGUCCAAAGCGUCUUAUUUUGAUAUAUUUUUAAUUUUUGAAGGAUUAGAUUCAAUGCAUUAGU